UUAUUACCCACCAAAAAAGCGCCGUAGAAUAAUCAAAGGUAUGUUAUAACAAUUUUAAGCGCCUAUCUUUUGUGCUGAACACAAUGCUAAUCUUCACUUUCCAGCUCAGGAUGUGCCGAGUAUGACAUGGAAAGAACAAUCAGAGGCAUUCAAAAGCGGUUUAAAUGAACCUCCCAUAAUAAUCGACAAUGGAGUCUAUUCUCUAGACGAAUCAGAAUUUAAAAAGUUUGUGACUUCGGGUACUUUCGUCGAUAAAUCUCUUUUUAUAAUGGAAUUCAUGAUCUUUGGACAACGGGCCAAUCUGGUUACUCGCCCUCGUCGGUUCAGAAAAUCAACCAAUCUUUCGAUGCUUGAAACUUUCCUUUCAACGGAUUAUCCUCCAUUAAAUUAUAUACCAGAUUUAAAAACAUCGUUGUUUGGGAAAUUAAAAGUUGCUAAAUUCGAAUGGUUUGCGAAGUUGAACUACAAACAGUGGCCCGUAAUUCACAUUAGCUUCAAGGAUCUUGGAAGUGAAUCCUGGGAACUAAUGCUGGGCAAAAUAAAGGAAAGAAUUUCAGAUCUAUACGGAAAACAUCAAUACCUUAUUGACAUUCUUCCAGAGUAUAAUAAAAAAGAUUUUGUGGCAGUACUCGAUAGAGAAACAACAGGGGUGGCACUUUGGUCAAAUGCUCUUUCUUGUUUAGCACGUUAUCUUAACGAGUGCUUUGGCAAGAGUUCCGUUAUUCUAAUCGACGAAUACGACUGGCCUAUGGAAAAUUCAAGAGGAUUUUAUGAUAAAUCUGACGAUUUUUUUAGAACAAUGUACUCAAGUAUAGCUAAGGAAAAUAGGAACGUGGAUAAGAUCCUGUUUGUUGGGACUUUCCCACUAAGACAAUCAAGCUUUCUUUCCGGAUUAAACAAUGUAGUGGCCUAUCCAAUGCAUGAAAGACCAAACCAUUCUGGCCGUGCUAUUUUUUCUGAUACAUUUGGAUUCACCGAAGAGGAAAUUAAGCAUUUGCUAGAAAAAAAACAUCAAAAUAAAAAACUUAAAGAGCUACGCCUUUACUAUAAUGGAUACCGAACGAGCACUGGAGUUCACAUUUAUAACCCACAUUCAGUAAUAUCGUGUCUAGAGAAAAAUGAAAUUGAUAAUUAUUGGAUCAAUAGCGGUUCUGCAACCACAUUUGUAGAAAUCCUAAAAAAGUGCGAGUCAGGAGUCAAAGAUCGGCUCCAUAAUAUAAUCUAUUCCCAUUUCUUCUGUCAGGAUCAAGAUGUGAUUGAGUCUGUAGGCCAAGAUGAGUCUGUAGUAAGUCUAGAUGUGGUUUUAGUGCCAUAUCUCCGAUACAAUGACCUUACGAAGCCAGAGAUAAACUCAUUAUGUACUUUAUUAUACUAUAGUGGUUACUUGACUAUGGUUCCAGGAUCUUAUAUUAUAGAGGUAGCAUGCCAAUGGAUUUUGUGGAUUUUUGAGGUUAUCGGUAUGGAAUAUACGAAGACAAAUGAAAUAUACGAAUCAUUGUUUAAAAAAGAUAUUGUUACAUUUUGUAACAAAUUUCCAUUGCUCUAUAUGGAGUUAAUGUCUUGUUUUGAUAUUGCUGGUCUCAAAAAAGGUAAAUUACAUGAAACCUGGUACCAUAUAUUUGUUCUCGGAACACUCGCUAUGUAUCAUGGCGUUGAAUACCGGGUUGAAUCUAAUCGCGAAGCUGGGGAUGGCCGUCCAGAUGUCCGAAUCAUUCCAAUUAACCAAAAUAAAACCGAUAGCAUAACGUAUGAAUUUAAGCGUACUGAAAAUGAAGACUCCGAUAUAAUGAAACAUGCCACCAAAGUAGCACUAGAUCAAAUUUUUGACAAGUGUUACCGGAUGAGUCUUCCAAAUCAUGUUAAGGAAAUAGUUGAAGUUGGCAUAGCCUUCUGUGAUAAAGUAGCUUUUGUCUCAGCCCGUUGCCUAAAACGUAAGAAAGAAAUAAUUACAAAGAAUGAAGAUUGGGAAGUUGUUAGUGAAUGGGAAACUGGAAAGGUGGAAUAAUGAAAAAGUAGGAACCAUUAUCACAUUGCAUUACUGCGUCUGUCAAAUUAGUCGUUUACAUACUAAUUUUUAUAUAGUUUAUUGCAAAUUGUGCACUUCAUUAAUUAAUUAUAGUAAAGUUGUAAAUUAGCAUUUAUUGAAAAUUGUAACAAUCAAAUAAAAAUUAGCAGAG